GCCAGCAGAGAGCACCUCGAGCGCAGCCAGCACACACAUCCAGCCAUGGCACCUGCGAUCUCUCUGCAAGAAGCUCACCUGACUCUCACACACAAGGUCCGAAAGCCUCUGGUGGAGAAGUUCCGGCGAGAACGAAUCAACAGCAGCAUUGAGCAGCUCAAGUCUCUCCUGGCCGCCGAGUUCCUCCGGCAGCACAACGACUCCAAGAUGGACAAGGCGGACGUCCUGGAGAUGACCGUUUGCGUCCUCAGGAGACUCCGGUCCGUGCCCCCAGCCGGGACGCGCUUCAGGCAGCUCGGGUCUUUCUGUGAGGAGAUGAGCAGAGAAGAGGACCUGUCUCCUCUCAGCUCUCCGGGUCACAGCACCGUCAGCGAGGAGGAGCGCUCGGCCAACAGCGCCCCCUGGAGGCCCUGGUAGACACAGACUGACUGACGUCAGCUGCUCUCAAGUCACGACUUCAACUUGUUUUAUUUCCUAUGGGAAAUAUCGGCAGAAUAACUUUUGUCAUGCACGGUGCAUGAAUCACAUCUGGUUGCAUUUGCAAUUGGCUCCUUUUCAUUCAUGGAAAUGGUGACAGAUUAUGUUAAUUUGUGAUGUUAUUGAUCAUUCCGUUUCGCUGAUCGUACUGAUCAUUUUUCUUUCUGGGUGAUAUCUUUUGGGAUAGUUUCAUCUUGUCAUGUAUGUUGCAUGAAGGGUCUGAUUGUUUUUGCAAUCAUCUUUAUUCAUUUCUAAAACAGAAAUGUCAAAUAUUUUUAGAUGAUGCUGAUGUUAUUUCUGAUCAUUUUGAUCUGAAGAUUUUGCCGGAGGA